AUGUCCAUCAAUCUCACUGGAAAAACCUGUCUCGUCACCGGUGGCGCCGGCGGCCUGGGAAAAGCUAUUGCAGCCCGGUUCUUCUCUGCCGGAGCUAACGUGGUCAUUUGCGAUGUUAACGAGGAACGACUCCGGCAGACCUCGUUAGAUCUUGCAGGACCGGAUGGCGACGCGAGACUAAAAAUCAUCAAGACGGAUAUUACCUCCGCGACGCAGGUGCAGACACUAUUCGACGAGAUCGUAACUCAAUACCAGAAGCUCGACAUUCUAAUCAACAAUGCCGGAAUCAUGGACCACUUCGACCCCGUCGGUGAUCUCGAUGAGGGCCUGUGGAAUAAAGUCAUAGCGGUGAACCUGACAGCACCGUUUUUGUUGAGUAAACUGGCUGUGCGGAAUAUGCUGGCGCAGGAGGUUGUCCAGGGGUGUAUUGUGAAUAUCGUGUCCCUAGCUGGGAAGGCUGGCUUCAUGGCGGGCGCCGCUUAUACCGCUAGCAAACAUGGCCUCGUUGGCUUGACGAAGAACACGGCCAGCUUUUACGGCUCCAAGGGAAUCCGGUGUAACGCGCUGAUGAUGGGUGGGAUGAUGACGAAUAUCACCGAUGCAUUCAUGUCUAACAUCAAUAUGGAAGGAAAGGACAAGGCCGUGGGGCUCAUGACUGCUGCAGGAGUACCGCUAUGCGAUGUGGAUCGAGUGGCCGAGCUGUGUCUGUCUAUCUCGUGCGGCCCUGGGGCAGAGCUAAUCAACGGGACAUGUAUCCCGGUUGAUCAUGGACUGUCGGGGUUGUUGGGCUGA